AUGGCAGAUGAAAUUUGGUUAAUGCUAUCAAAUGAUAGUAAAACAGAAAUAUGGCCAGAUGUUCCAUCUGAAAAUUUUACAAACGAUACAUCGCAAUCUAAUCAAUCCAUAAUUAUUCCACCAAUAAAUCAGUAUGAGUAUCAGUGCCGUCAAACAAUGUCAGAUACAGAUGAUCAAAUAUUUACAUUAUUACCAGUGUCUAGUUUAUUCAUCUCACUUGCCUUCAUUAUAGCAUCGUCUUAUUUAUUUGCAACUGUAAUGACAGAGAUUAAUAAAGGUUGCAUCUUGCUUCAGCUACGUAAUGCUUUGUUGGCUACUGAAGAUGCUAUGUUGUUAGUAAUGGAUUCUGUUUUAGUAUGCCUUAUGCCUGGAAAUCUUAUUAAUUUAAUUUGUGCAAAAAGUGCUACUCCUACAACAAAAAAAUGGUAA